AUGGUCGCCACGCUCACCACCGCCAUGAGCCCCGCCAGUCUUCGCCGCAGCGGCCCGCUGCCGCGGCUGCCGCCUGUUUGCGCCCAAAUGUCUGACAGCGCCGAGCUAUCGUACCGCGAGCUGCAGCGCGCCUGCAAGGCCGCCGGCCUCCCCGCAGUCGGCAAGGCUGGGGAGCUGCGCGAGCGGCUGCUCGCAGGGGCGCCACCGCCGCCGUCACGUCCAGAGGUGCUCGAGGGAGCCCUGCUCGAGCGGUGCUUGGAAGAGGAAGCGGUGCAGCUGCUCGACGCGGCGGCGAAGGAGCGGGUCCUUGGCUACGUGCGUGCGCUCCUACGCUACAAUGCGCGCACCAACGUCUACGCUCGGUCGAGCUACGACAAGCUCCCCUUCCACGUCGCCGACUCCGUCACGCUCGGCUUGAUGAUCUCCGAGGCGGCCACGCCGUCCUCGUCCGUGCUCGACCUGGGGUCGGGCUCGGGGCUGCCGUCGCUGCUGCUCGCUGCGGUCAACCCGCAGAUGCAUGUGUACGCCCUCGAGUCUAAAUCGCGGAAGACGCGGUUCCUUGCCCAGGCUGGCGCCGAGCUGCGGUUGCCGCUCUACACCCCCAUCACGGCGAACGUACACGAGUUUGCGCGCGUUUCCUUUGUCGACGCCGACUUUGUCACAGCCAAGGCGUUCAAGCCGCUUCCAGAAGUGGCGCCUAUCGCCGCCGCGUGUGUCGGCCGCCGAGCGCUUCUGCACGUUCCCGUGAGCGAGGCACAGGUGCGCGACAUCUCCCUCGCCGAGUCACAGCUACUCCGGCGUGGCCGCUUCGUGUACUACCGCGAGGCGGUCGUGCCCGCGCGCAGUUUGGUCAAGCGGAGAGACUUUCGUGGCGGAGGCGCGGGCGCCGCAGCAGUUGCGCAUUGA